AUGCAUAAUAAUGACACAUCAUAUACUUUUUGUGGUUCAAGAGCCUAUGUACCACCAGAAGUUCUCAAAUCACAACCUUACACGGGCUUCACGGUUGACCUAUGGAGUUUAGGUGUAGUAUUGUUUGUGAUGGUUAAGGGUUUUAUGCCAUACGAUGAUCAAAAUCCACGGCGAAUGCUCUCGAAGCAAUUGCAGCAUAAACUAACAUUCCCUCAUAAGAUACUGAUAAGCGAAGAAGUAAAAGCACUAAUUUACGAAAUAUUACAUACGAUACCAUCUCAGCGUAAGUCAUAUUCGGAUAUUGUAACAUCAUCUUGGUUAACAUAUUCAGUAUAA